CGUCCUCGCCCCCUCCGCCGCCGCCCUUCCUCUGCGACCGCUCUUCCUGCUCCUACUCAUCCUCUUCACCGAGAGAGAGAGGGCCAGAGGGGAAUCAACAAUGGUGGACUGGCGUAGUGAUAGCGACGAUGAUGAUAAAUUUGAGUGGGAAAGUGAUGGUGAUGGUGAACCCUCAUCCACUCCGGCCUUGAGGAACUUGGAUGCAGCUGGCCCGUCAACACUAGUACGCCAGGAUUCUAAUGGGUGGGGCAAUGGGGAAGCACCACCUCCUUCUUUAAUCGAGGGAUAUGUGGGGAUGGGUUUCCCAAAGGAAAUGGUCGUCAAGGGCAUCAAAGAUAUAGGGCACAGUGAUGCAAAUGCAUUGCUCGAGCUACUUCUCACUUAUAAGACGCUAGGCGAUGACGCUGCAGUGGGUAAUUGCUCCACUUCUGGCUUCAUCCCCCAGAGUACUGAAGAUGAUGAUGAUGAUGAUCUUGAUUCUGAAUACUGGGAAGGAGACGAUGAUGCUGAUGGUAGAGAAGCUGGCUCUGAUGGGUCUAGUGAUGAGGGUUUUCUACGUGAAUUGUCAGAGAUGGACAAGAAGAUCAACUCCUUAGUAGACAUGGGCUAUCCUGAAGAUGAAGCAAAUUUGGCUAUUACAAGAUGUGGUGUGGAUGCCCCUCUCUAUGUAUUAGUUGAUUCGGUCUGUGCAUCACAAGCUGCAGGAGAAUAUGAGGUUACUGGUAGAUGCUUUGAUUCCUUUGGAGGGAGAAAGAAAGCAAGAUUGAUGGAAGACAGCAAGAAAAAGAGAAAGCGUUAUGGAGGUGGAUCACAAAGAAGUCGACCCCCAUUGGAUGAGGAAUCAAUGCCUCUCCCAAACCCAAUGGUUGGAUUCAACCUACCUGGUGACAUGCUACGGACAGUAAGCAGGAAACUUCCUAGACAAGCUAUUGGGCCACCAUACUUCUAUUUUGAAAACGUGGCCCUAGCUCCAAGAGGUUCAUGGGACGCAUUUUCAAGACACCUGUAUGACAUAGUGCCUGAGUUUCUAGAUUCUAAGUACAUGUGUGCAGCGGCUAGGAAAAGAGGCUACAUUCAUAAUUUGCCCAUUGAGACAAGGGUAAAUCUCCUCCCUCCUGCUCCGAAGACCAUAUUUGAGGCCUUCCCUCAUUAUAAGAAGUGGUGGCCUUCCUGGGACAAUAGAAAGCACCUCAACUGCUUGCAGACAUGUAUUGCGAGUUCAAAGCUGACCGAACGCAUCCAACGUGCUCUUGCAAGCGCAAGUAAUCCACCACCUCCAAGUGUUCAGAAGUAUGUCAUGAAGGAGUGCAGAAAAUGGAAUCUUGUUUGGGUAGGAAAGAACAAGGUUGCUGCUCUGGAUCCAGAUGAGUUUGAGUAUCUACUCGGUUUCCCAAGAGACCAUACUAGGGGAAUUGGCAAGACUGAGAGGUACAAAUCUCUCGGCAAUUCAUUCCAAGUGGAUUCCGUCGCUUGGCACUUGUCAGUGCUUAAGGCCAUGUAUCCCAAUGGUGUUAAUGUUUUGUCUUUAUUCACCGGUAUUGGAGGAGGGGAGGUAGCUCUGCACAGGCUUGGGAUCCACAUGCGUACAGUGAUUUCUGUUGAGAUAGGUGAAGUUAACAGGAGGGUUUUAAGGGGUUGGUGGGAUCAGACACAAACUGGCACGCUGAUUGAGAUUGCCGACGUGCAAUCACUCACCAAUGAGAGAGUUGAUUCAUAUGUUGAGAGAUUUGGUGGCUUUGACUUGGUGAUUGGGGGCAGCCCAUGUAAUAAUCUUGCUGGCAGCAACCGGCACCACCGUGAUGGCUUGGACGGCGAGCACUCAGCCUUAUUCUUUCACUACGUCAGGAUCUUGAGUGCUGUCAAGUCUGCUAUGAGGAGGAUGUAGCCUAAUCAUUUAGCACAUGUUUUAUCAUUUAAUGCUCAUCUUUAUGAACUGCAAUUUCCAAUAUGUUUAAACACUAAGUUGACGUGAAGGAUAUGGUAUUUGGGAGAAAGAUCACCGUAGUUCAUAUGAUUUAUUGUUGCUAACUAAGGUAGAGCCUGUGUAUCCUUAUUUGAAAAAAAAAGUUUAAUGCUGUUCUCUUCAACU